AAAGAUGUUCAUAUUCAAUGUUUAUAAAAGUAGACACUGAUCGGAUCACGGGCAGUAUAUCGGCAAGUGUCAUUGCCUGUGGUCACACACCAUGAAUUUAAAAUAUAUACCGUGUCUUAUAGCGUUGAUCGUGUGUGUGCAUUGUAAAUCUCCGUACAAAAUAUGCGUGCCGGCACAGUUUUUAAAAGAUUGCGAGCAGAUGCUAGAAGUAGAAACGAAAAGCAAAGCAACCCUAGAAUGUGUAGCAGCGAGAGAUAGAAUGGAAUGCCUUUCCUACGUGCAGCAACGCCAAGCCGACUUUGUGCCGGUAGACCCCGAGGACAUGUACGUGGCUUCUAAGAUACCCAACCAAGACUUCGUCCUCUUCCAGGAGUAUAGGACCGACGAUGAGCCAGACGCGGAAUUCCGAUACCAAGCCGUCAUAGUGGUCCACAAGGAUUUGCCGAUCAAUAGCUUAGAUGGACUUAAAGGAUUGAAGUCUUGUCACACCGGGGUCAACAGGAACGUGGGAUAUAAGAUCCCAUUGACAAUGCUUAUGAAACGUUCUGUGUUCCCGAAAAUGAACGAUCACACAAUAUCGCCAAAAGAAAAUGAGCUGAAGGCGUUAUCCACAUUCUUCAAACAAUCUUGCAUUGUCGGCACCUGGUCUCCAGAUCCAAAAACCACUAGUGCUUGGAAACAACAUUACAGUCAACUAUGCUCACUCUGUCAACAUCCUAAUAAAUGUGACUACCCUGACGACUUCAGUGGUUACGAAGGAGCCCUGAAAUGUCUUGCCCAUAAUGGUGGCGAAGUCGCUUUCACUAAAGUCUUUUAUGUCCACAAAUUCUUUGGCCUGGCCCUAGGCACUAUUCCAGCCCAUCCUUCACCAGAGGACCCGACAAACUUCAGGUAUCUCUGUGUGGACGGGUCUAAAGUGCCUGUUGGCGACAAAAACCCUUGUUCGUGGGCGGCUAGGCCUUGGCAGGGUCUGCUUGGUCAUAAUGACGUUCUGGCUCAACUCUCGCCGCUGAGAGAGAAAAUCAAACAACUGUCUAACGCCGGUGCAAGCACAAAGCCGAGCUGGUUCACAAACGUAUUGGGUCUGUCUGAGAAGAUCCAUCACGUAGCAGAUAACAUCCCUAUAAAGCCAGUGGAUUAUUUAAAGAAGGCCAACUAUACAGAGGUGAUUGAACGAGGGCAUGGCGUGCCAGAAUUGGUAGUAAGGAUGUGUGUGACAUCAAGCGUUGCCCUCGCUAAGUGCAGAGCGAUGUCGGUGUUUGCAUUCAGCCGCGACAUCAGACCCAUACUGGACUGUGUGCAGGAGUCUUCCGAAAAGGACUGCUUGAGAAGCGUCCAAGACAAUGGCUCUGACCUAGCCGCAGUAGACGAUAUUAGAGUAGCAGCCGCUGCCAAACAAUAUGGUCUUCAUCCAGUUUUCCACGAGGUGUAUGGGGAAAAGAAAACUCCUAACUAUGCAGUUGCUGUUGUCAAAAAAGGUUCUACUUACACGACGAUUGAUGACUUGCGGGGUAAAAGAUCAUGUCAUAGUUCUUUCGGAACCUUCAGUGGCCUUCACGCUCCUUUGUUCUACCUCAUCAAUAAAGGAAAAAUCACUUCUGAACCUGGACAGUGCGUCAAAAAACUUUCUGAUUUCUUCUCUGCCGGCUCAUGCUUGCCCGGUGUUGAUAAGCCAGAAAAUAAUCCAAAAGGUGAUGACAUAUCCAUGCUGAAGAAACAGUGUGCUAGUGACAAUAAUCCUCUCAAAUGCCUUCAAGAAGGACGUGGCGAUAUAGCAUUCGUUUCUAGUGCAGAUUUGAAAGACUACGACGAAUCCCAAUAUGAAUUACUUUGCCUAAAUAGAGAGUCUGGAGGUCGAGACAAAUUGUCCAACUUCGAGACUUGUAACAUUGUUAUGGCACCAUCCAGGACUUGGCUAGCGUCAAAGACCAGCAUGUCUGACGUUUCUAUAGCACACACUCCAUUGAGUCUGGCCCAGUUAUUGGAUACCAGAUCAGAUCUGUUCAACAUUUACGGCGAAUUCUUGAAGAAUAACAACGUCCUCUUUAAUAAUGCUGCUAAAGGAUUGGCUACAACGGAGAAGUUUGAUUUUGACAAAUUCAAGACUAUCCACGAUGUCAUUUCUAACUGUGGAUUAGUAUAAGUAAUUACAAUUCAACUAGACUAAGCAAUAUCCAAUAGUUUGUAAGAGACUUUUAUGUACAUUUAAUAUAAUAAAAUUUUUAAUAAUG